AUGGGCGCCAUAUGCUCAUGCUGUAAGGCGGAGGUGAGUUGGCCAGCGAAGCCUGCGGGUCUGCUCAGACAAGCAAUGGCGAAAGGCCCGCGAUCGGAAGAUAUGCUUGCAGCUUCUGACCAGAGCUUGCUCCACUGCUUCAUCACAGGUGAUCGACUUCGACGGGCCGGUGGACUUGUACCACUUCUACUUGCUCAGGGCGGUGGGCAAGGGUGCGUUCGGAAAGGUGCGAGUGGUUCAGCACAAGCAGACAAAGGUGCGUAGUGGUAGACGAUGCGGGAGUGUGUGGGAUCUUUGUGGGCAGAGCAAGUCUAUCUUUAUCUCGUCUUACGCCCAUCUGUACUUGACUGAACGACCCGUCUCUUUCUCCAGAACUUGUACGCGCUCAAGUAUAUCAACAAGGCCAAAUGUGUCAAGAUGCGAGCAGUCUCAAACAUCAUACAGGAGAGGAGGUUACUAGAGGAGAUAGAGAGCCCUUUCAUCUGCAACUUGCGGGUGAGUUCUCAUCGUCGACGCUAUCCUGGACGGCAGCAGAGCGCCUGACAUUUCUGUGGCUCCGACAUAGUACGCCUUCCAAGACGACGAGAAUCUGUUCAUGGUUCUCGAUCUGAUGCUCGGCGGUGACCUGCGCUUUCACUUGGAUAGAUCGGGCAACAUGAAAGAGGAGGUGGUGCGGUUCUACGUUGCUGAACUCGCAUUAGGCCUCGAUUACCUUCACCGGCUGCAGAUCGUGCAUCGAGAUUUAAAACCGGACAACGUGUUGCUGGAUGAGAAAGGUCAUGCCCACUUGACAGAUUUCAACAUCGCAGUCCACUUCUCUCACAGGAGGCCGCUGACCUCGGUUGCCGGUAGUAUGGCAUACAUGGCACCAGAAGUGCUAGCCAAGCGCGGCUAUUUAAGCACUGUGGACUGGUGGAGCUUGGGCGUCAUGGCAUACGAGCUGCUGUUUGGAAGGCGGCCAUUUAGGGGCAAGACCAACAGCGCAUUGACGCACUCAAUAUUGCACGACAGGUGUUCCUUUCCUGAAAAUGUCGAGAACAUCGUGAGCAGGGAGUGCAUCACAUGCAUACGUGGUCUGCUGGAGCGGGACGUCAAGAAACGCAUGGGCUGUCGGAACGGCAUAGAGGACUUUAAGCAGCACCCCUGGUUUGCUAGCGUGGAUUGGGAUGCUCUAGAGACCAAGGAAGCUACACCACCCUUUGAGCCAGAUGUAAGUGAUGGUCGAGCCGCACCGAUCGCCGAUUGACUUGGCUGAAUCGCAGACUUGCUCUUCGUUUUCAGAGCAAACGGGCCAAUUUCGAUGCCACGCACGAACUCGAGGAACUGUUGCUGGAAGAUAAUCCGCUCAAGGCUAAGAAGCGAGACGAAAAGCGAGAGCUCAGCUCACUUACGCCUGAGUUGCGACAAAUGGAAGAGCAGUAAGUGCUGACAAUUUGGUGUGAAAAGCUAGCUAGUGACUCACGUGGCGUCGCAUUGUCAUGCAGCUUUGUGCCGUUCGACCACCUCAAACAAACGCGCAAAUCUUACUUCCGAGUCAGGCGAAACCGGGAUCGGGAUACCGACGCUGCCAGCUCGUCUCAGACAUCUAGCAUGGCAUAUACGCUUGCAGAUCAACCUUUGGCGGAGACAGGUGGACAGAACGCUGGCCCUUCGAGAGCGGGCGGCACCGGCGCGCCUGCGCUCGGCUCGCCCGACAUCGGCUCAGGCCAUGCAGGUGCUCAACAAUCCCACGAUAGCAGAUUGCCUGCCUCCGCGGAUAGCGGCGCUCAUGUUUGGGCCGAGAAGGGACAUGCGGGGCCAAAUGGAGCAGGAGGAUCAUCGCGAGGUCCAAGCCGAGCUGCCGAGUAUGCGAGAGCUUACAAGGGAAGCACUGGGCAAUUAUCGGCCGCACCUUCCGUCUCGUCUCUAAAUCAUAGCGCUCAGGGUCAGCAAGCCCAUGAUCACUCGCAGCCAGCCCAGUCGCGGUCACAUAGCAAGGAAAAGGAUACAUAUCCGCUCGAAGUACUCAACGAGAAAGAGAGCGGAGCAUACGCCAGGUGA